AUGGUCAAGAAGGCGUCAAAGGCACAGAAAGCCAAACUGCGUCGAGCAGGUGGCAGUGCCGAAGAUGGCGAAGGUCGAGGCGGCAAGGCGGGUCGUGGCCGUGGGCGGGGAAGAGGGCGAGGAGGCGCUGCUGCUGCUGGAGGCAGGAUCGGUAGAUCUGGCCUGCUACCACCAGAUCAGCAGGCCGCUUUCGAAUCACGCAGACGAACAGUCCAGCUUGAGGAAUCUGCCUUCUCCAAGCUCUCGCCUCCCGUGCUGGAGCGGCUCAACAUCCUCGCCUCCUAUGCCGACCUCAGGCGACCUAUCCCCGACGAGCUCACACGGUUCGACUACUCGAGGUUCGGUCGAGCCCGGGCCGAGAAUCAUCAGCGUCUCGUGGACCAAGAGCAUAGCAAGAAGGAAGAACGAGACUCGCAUCCCCUCGCUGGCUGGCUCAACGGAAACCCGAAACCUGGCCAGAGUCGAGAUCAGGACGGCAGCUCGUCAGAAGACGAAGUCGACGAGACCGAAGACCCAGGUAUCACGGGCAUCGAAGAGACCGGCGAGCUUCGCCUCCCGAAGCGACCAAAGUGGCGAUCCGACAUGGACACCAAGACAAUCCACUCUCAGGAACAGGAAGUCUUUCGGCAGUGGCUUCGUAAGACAGAUGCCGUUGUCGAACGAGCCUUCUUCACCUCGUCGCCCAUGUUCGCCGGCUUGACCUCGCACACUCGAUCCGACGACAAGGCCGCUUUUGCCCCCUCAACGCCGUCAGCAAUGGGCGGCAGCCGUAUGGUCUCCACCAUAGCAUCGCAGGAUAGCAUCUCUCAGCUGCUCCAGCAUCGUCCGUCCCCCGGCACAUCCGUCAUCGGCAGCUUGUACGAACGCAACAUCGAGGUGUAUCGCCAGCUGUGGCGUGUUUGCGAACGCAGUGAUCUCGUAUGCGUGCUCGCAGACGCACGAUGCCCGUUGCUGCACCUUCCACCAAGUUUGAUCGGAUUCUUGGAGAGGUACAUGCGACUCAAAGUCAUCAUUGUCCUCACCAAAGCGGAUAUCGUACCCAAGGACAUCGUCGAUGCCUGGAAGGUGUAUCUCAAGCAGCUGUAUCCGAGAUGGGAGGUGGUAGCUACAGAGAGCUAUGCCAAGCUCGAGCGUAUGGAGGGGCAAGGGUCGAGGACGAGGUUCGCGCCCUAUCUAUCGCCGCAUUCGCGGAAGGACCUCUUCGCGGCACUUCGAAAGGCGCACAGCGAUCUCAUCACGCCGCCGCAGAUCGUGCGUGACGAUGCGAGAAAGAUUCAAGACUGGAAGCCGCCCUGUGCCACCGACACGGACUGGGACGGUGUCGAGCGCCGAGUUCAGCUUCACACCGAAGGCUUGCAGUCCGAAGGCGUGGCAGAGGAAUCACACGCGGAGCAGUCGCCAAAGGCCACAGAUCCGAGUGCGAGCAUGGAUCCAAAAGAGACUCGCGCUCACCUUCCCUAUCUCACCAUCGGUCUGAUCGGCCAGCCCAACGUGGGCAAAUCGAGCCUGCUCAACGCACUGUUCGGCUCGAAAGUCGUACGCGCCUCCAAGACGCCCGGCAAGACGAAGCACUUCCAGACGCACUUUAUCGUGCCCCUCUCCACCUCUUCUGCCCCAGCCGACACAGCGGACAAGCCGAAGGCGGUGGGUGAAGAGACCCACCGCGGUCAAAUCCGACUGUGCGACUCGCCCGGUCUGGUCUUCCCCAGCCUCAUCGGCAUGGAGAUGCAGGUCAUGGGAGCGAUCCUGGCCAUCUCGCAGGUGCAGGCGAUCACCUCGUGCGUGCGGUUCGUUGGGGAGCAUAUCGCAUUGGAAAAAGUGCUCCAGCUCGAGUACCCACGUGAGGAAGAUGAGGCGGAGGAGGGAAGGGAGACGUGGACGGGCGUCAAAGUGCUCGAGGCCGUGGCGAGACGGUACAUGUUCAAGACGGCCAAGGCGAACCGGUGGGAUGUGAAUCGGGCGGGGAAUUUGGUCAUGCGCGCAGUGGCCGAGGGACGCAUCAAGUGGGCGUUCCGGCCGCCGACGGGCGGGCAGAGCGAUGAGAGGAGUAUGGGCGAAGGUAUCUGGAUCCAAGAGGGACAGGAUACGACAGCUCAGGACGCGACUGUGGGUGGAACGGAUCUGCUCACGGCUCCCAACCCAGACGAUGAGGACGAACGCGAAGGAGAGGAUGAGGACGAGAAGAAGAAGAGCAGCGACGCAAGCGACGACGACGAGGCAAUCGCCAGAAAGGUCAGGUUCGACUUUGGCGCUGUCGAAAGCGAGGACGAGGAUGAUGAUGACGAAGAGGACGAAGGUACAGGUGGGCUGGGCGGAUCGACCAACUCGCUCUUCAGCGCCCUCGCCGUCGAAGAUGGAGACGAUGACGAAGAUGACGAAGAAGAGGACGAAGAAGAAGAAGUGGAUGAACCAGGAGAAGAGUAG